ACUUAACCUGCUCCGGAGCAGGUAGGUCUACUGCACAGGUUAUCAUAGCGAUUUAUGUCGGUAAUAAGUGAGCCACCUUCAUAGUAGGCCACGGAAGUCACCCGGAUAAACCGAGACUUUGCUUCGUAGUAGCAGUAGUUCUUUGACGUCGUUAUGGCAUCCGCUAGACGGAGAAACAAUGAGACCUCGUUAGACGAAUGUCAGUCAUCGAGCAAGCUGCCGCGGAAUGACAAGAGUCACAUAGCAGCUUUAAUUUUAGCUCGAGGGGGGAGCAAAGGGAUCCCGCUGAAAAACAUCAAGAUGCUGGCCGGGGUCCCGCUCAUCGGGUGGGUGCUGAGGGCCGCCGUGGACUCGGGAAUGUUUGACAGUGUGUGGGUAUCAACGGACCAUGACAAAAUUGAGGAAGUUGCAAAGGCAUGGGGUGCUCAGGUGCAUCGGAGGAGUCCUAAAGUCUCCAGAGACUUUUCCUCAUCAGUAGAAACCAUCCAGGAGUUUCUUGAGCACCAUAAAGAGGUGGAUAUAGUUUGCCACUUCCAGGCUACAUCACCGUGUCUCCACCCGUUCCACGUGAAGGAGGCCUUAGAGAAGAUCACGGUGCACGGUUACGAUUCAGUCUUCGCAGUGGUCAGGAGACACCAGUUUCGCUGGAAGGAGGUCGAAAAAGGAUCUGGUGAGCAAACAGUGCCGUUCAAUCUGGAGCCAGCCAAACGGCCGCGGCGUCAGGACUGGCCAGGGGAGCUGUGUGAGAAUGGCUCAUUUUACUUCGCCAAAAAAGAGAUCAUUGAAAAGGAAGGUCACUUGCAGGGCGGUAAGUUAACCUACUAUGAGAUGCUGCCGGAGUACAGCGUAGAUAUAGACGUGGACAUUGACUGGCCUGUGGCAGAACAGAGGGUUCUCAGGUAUGGUUACUUCGGUAAGGUCACACCAGAGGUGGUCCGCCUAAUGUUCUGCAACAUUUCCGGCUGUUUAACGGAUGGAAAGAUCUUUAUGUCUGUGUCGGGAGAGGCAAUGGUGUCUGUCAACACCAGAGACACAACUGGGCUUCGGAUGCUGCAGGAAGAACAAGUUGAGGUCAUACUGUUGACCACAGAGAAAGACCCCAUUGACCCAGCUUUGCUUAAGAAACUUGAAGAUAGGAUAAAGUGCAAGGUCGAGAAGGUGGGAAAGGAGCCGCUGAAUGAUUUGCAAUCAAUUGUUGAGAAGAAGAAGCUGGAAUGGAAGGAUGUGGCGUUCAUGGGUUUUGAUCAAGCAGAUGUGAAAUGCCUGAACCUGGCAGGACUGAGUGCAGUACCCGACGAUGCUCCAGCUGUGGCUAAAAAGGCUGCAAAGUACAUUUGCCGCCCUGCUGGGGGAUCGGGAGCUGUGAGGGAGUUCACCGAGCACAUUCUGCUGCAGAAGCAAAUGGCAAAAUCUCAGAGGGAGCAGGACCGCAUCGACCGCCACAACUUCUAAUCUUAAAAGAAGUCUACGUGGAAAAGGUUGAGAGUAAUAAAACAAAACGAUUCACGUGCAUGUUAGAAAUAUUGAGGCCAGAUUUACAGUAGUGGUGAAAAAAAAAAGCCCACCCUCUUUCAAUCUAAGGUUUUAUAUAUCAGGACAUCAAAAAAGUCAUGUGGUCCAUACAGAAAUGCAAAACACAUUAACACAUAUUAAAACAGUUUUUUAAAAUAAACUACAAGGAAACUGUUCCCACUAAAGGUCCAAACAACAAACUUGUUGCACCACUUGGCAGCUGGUCAUGUGUGACCCAAAAGUAAAGAAAGGACUGAACCAAGCAUCACUGGAUAUUUCACUAACCAUACUGCAUCUGACAGAAAAGCAAACAGUUAUGUGAUUACAUGGUGCAAAGUAAGGAAUGUAAGCACCUUGACCCAAAAUACAACAUCCCAGUAAAAAAUAUUUUUCAUUUUUAUAGCUACAAUAUUGUGUUGAUCCUAGAAGGGAUAAUAGUUAUUUUGUUAAACUAAAGUCUUAAGAAUUCACGUUAUACUUUGGUUUAAAAUUUACAAGAAAAAGACUAAGUGAGCUACUUUUAUUCUUACAUUGAACUUAUGCAGUCCUACUAUAUGUAAUACUCUGACAUUCCUACUGCACUGUAAACAUUGAAUUAGGUAUUAACUUUUUAUAGUUUCUUAAAAAAUAUAAUUUUUUUUUUUUUCACUAUGGCUAAGCAAUGUACUUGACCUCUUAGGUUCUCAAAAUUCUGGUCAUUUUUAACACUAAUAGAAGGUUUUUCAGUUGAUUUAAUAAAUCUGGUCAAAAAUAUUCCCUGGCAUUCAUGUCUGACUUGGUGGUAGCUGGGUUAAAGCAAAGAAACUUGCACCCAGACCUCAUGCAGUGAAGGUUUUUGUCCCCCCUCCACCACCACACACACACACACACACACACACACACACACUCUACGAAUAGGAUUCUUGCACUCUCUAUGGAAUAAAAGAAGAAAUUUUGACAAUGCUGUGAAUUUCACACGUUAAAUCAGAUGUUAAGUUAGGUUAGGGUUGAAUUCCAUCACACAAAGUAAAGCACCAAAUGUAAACAUAAGGCGUAAGCUAGCACUAGCAAGGCUGCACUGAAUUGUCACAUUUACUACAAGGACACUGGAGGACUGUACUAGAAAGCAGUGUUUGGGGUCAACCCUGAAGUUACCGGUUGUAUUUUUAACACUGUGAGUAAGAUCUCUCUGUAAUCACAUAUCUACAGAUGGAGUCACUGUUAUGUUUUUCUUUUCGAAACUGGCAGAUAGUGCCUCCAAGUCCUGGGAAGAAGUCAUGCAAAAAUCCAAAUAAUUACAAGGUCGAUGUGAAAAAGAAAUGAAGUCCUCUAUCACCUCUCCACUCAAAAACAUACCACAGUUAGCAUGCAUCUGUUGUUUAUGCCGCUAAUAUCCCCUGCUGCCCUGCUUCACACAUAAGGGCAAUGCCUUAAAUAAAACUGAAGUUUGAUGGUUUCUCAGUAAGGUUUAGAGUUGAAGCUAGCUGGAUUCUGUCACUUUCCUCUUUUUGCAGGCUUUAUGCUUAGCUAGGUUUCUCCUCACUGUAGCAUACUCUAGAUUAUUCUAGAAUAGGGUAAGAAAGCAAGUGUAUUCCUUAAAAAUAAGAAUUUAUGAGUGUUUGUAACUGGUAAGGGGGGGGUUGGGGUGUAAGGCGUAUGUGGUCCAUUUUUGCAAGUGGUGUGGAAAUUUGUUAUUCUUUCCAUUUUUAUUUCUGUUAUUCAAUAAUUUUGCAUUGCUUUUCUCCCGUGCUUGUUUUGGUUAAAUGUCUUUUAAAUCAUUCUCUGAUUUUAAUUUGACUGGAUUGUGAUUAUUUUAUGAUUAUUUUUAAAUGAAUAAAAUUCAUUUCCUUGUAUUUCAAGUUAACAAAA